AAAAGCAGCAUGCAGUUCAAGAAGAAGACCCCAAGCAAAGUGGAAGACACAUGCAUCUCCUUGAUCAAGAAAUGCAACACCCUCAAGUCUCUGAAAACCCUUCAUGCCUCCAUCCUCAGAACCGUCGUCCACCUCGAUCUCCACCGCUUCACCAACAUCAUCUCCCACUACGCUUCACUCGGCUCCAUUUCCUACGCCUACACUCUCUUUUCCCACCGCGACUCCUCCUUCUUCAGCGAUGAUUUCCUUUGGAACAUCAUGCUGCGCGGCCUCGUCGACAAUACCUACUACCAUCGCUCCUUGCUUCUUUAUACCCGUAUGCAAUAUCUUCCCAUUGCGCCUGAUAACUUCACCUUCCCCUUUCUUCUCAAAGCUUGCGCUUCUCUCCGCAAUCUCAAUAUGGGUUCUCAGCUUCACGCGCAUGCCUUUAUAUACGGCUAUUCAUCUCAGGUCUUCGUUGCUAACUCUCUUAUUUCCAUGUAUGCUAAAUGCGGCCUUUUUUAUUUUUCCAAAAGAGUGUUUGAUAAAAUGCCUCAGAGAAGUAUAGUGUCGUGGAGCGCAAUGAUUGGAGCGUGCUCGCAAUAUGGUUUUCAUGACCAAGGGUUGUUGCUGUUUACCAGGAUGCUGAACGAGGGAAUCAAACCAAACAGAGCUUCCGUUUUAAAUGCUGCGGCUUGCGUUUGGAGUGAGGAAGUGGCUCCUCGUAUACAUAGAGUCGUUGUGGAUAAUGGACUUCAUAAUGAUCACUCCGUGCGAAAUGCCUCCAUGCUCAUGUUUGGUAGAUGUGGAAGAAUCGACCUUGCCAGAACCUUGUUUGAUGGGUUUGCAUACAAGGAUUUGGUUUGCUGGGCCUCGAUGAUCGACACAUACGCUCGGGCUGACUUGUCUCUUGAAGCUUUGCAUCUCUUUAACGAAAUGAGAUUGCAGUGUAUCUUUCCCGAUUCCGUCGUCAUUCUUGCUUUGAUUCAAGCUUGUUCGAUACUAGCUUCUUCGCACCUUGCACGAGCCCUUCAUGUUGUUAUUAUUCGAUGUCUCCCUGAUAGUCGGUUGAUGCUGGAUACCGCGGUACUUGACCUUUACAUGAAAUGUGGGAGCUUAGCAUAUGCUAGAAAAGUUUUCGGCAAGAUGAAAGAAAAUAAUAUCAUCUCCUGGAGCACUAUGAUAUCAGGGUAUGGUAUGCACGGCUAUGGUGGGGAAGCGCUUUGUCUCUUUGAUCAGAUGAAGGCCUUAAGGAAACCAGACCAAAUCGCGUUUGUAUCAAUAUUGUCAGCGUGUAGCCAUGCCGGUUUAAUCACGGAAGGAUGGGAGUGCUUUAAUUCAAUGGAAAGAGAUUUUGGGGUGAAACCAAAAUCCGAACAUUAUGCCUGUAUGAUUGAUCUGUUGGGCAGAGCUGGGCAGUUGAACCAAGCCUUGGAGUUCAUCGAAAGGAUGCCUGUGAAACCAGAUGCUGGUGUCUGGGGGGCACUGCUUGGAGCUUGUAGAAUUCAUUCAAACGUAGAACUGGCAGAAGUUGCAGCCGGAUCAUUACUCGAUUUGGAUGCCGAAAAUCCAGGAAGAUAUGUUCUCUUGUCCAACAUAUAUGCAUCAUUUGGAAAAAGAAAAGAAGCUUAUAAUAUUAGAAAUUUAAUGAAAAGUAGAGGUGUGAAGAAAAUAGUUGGUCAGACUAGUAUACAAAUUAAGGGCAAUAUUUAUACGUUCGUGUCCGGCGAUCGAUCGAACCCCGAAACGGAUCUAAUCUAUUCAGAGUUGGGCAAACUCAUGGAGAGGAUUAGACAAGAAGGGUAUGUACCGGAUUUAAGCUUUGCAUUGCAUGAUGUGGAGGAGGAGACAAGGGAGAUGAUGUUGUAUGCACACAGUGAGAAGCUGGCCAUCGUUUUCGGGUUGAUAAAGUCGGGAUACGGAAGUUCAAUUCGAAUAAUGAAGAACUUGAGAGUGUGUGGGGAUUGUCAUACUGCUACAAAGUUCAUUUCCAAGGUUACAGGAAGGGAAAUUGUGGUGAGAGGUUCCCAGAGAUUCCAUCAUUUUGUGAACGGAACUUGUUCUUGUGGGGAUUAUUGGUGACCUCUGUUCUGGCAUAUUUAUGAGCGUUGCUGAUGCAGAUUGAGUUCUAAACCCAGCUCUUUUAGAACUCGGGGU